AAUGUAAGAGCAAUAAAGAUUCAGUCCAAAUUUGGACUCGCCAUCGCUAUUUUGUUUCUCUUGAUAAAUGUAGCUUAAAGUAUAACAAUUCAGUUCAGGCUUAAAACUGAAAAGCAACAAACAGACCUGAUGUCAGUAACAAUGUAAAACAAAGAAUAAAACCAGUGGACCUAGUCUGCCAGUCAACGAUAAUACAAUACAAAUUUUACCAAACAAUUUAGGUAGCACAACUAUCAUUGGAAACGUCGUCUGAACUGCACUGGGAAGGAAACUACAGGAUUGGUGUGGUAUCAAAUGGUCUCAAACCCGCUAAUUCCCCACCGGCAUCCGCCUCUUCAAUGCACAUUCCUCGCUUUCCUCUUUCCCUGAAGUCAUGAUAAUUCAUGUACACUGCUCUGAUCUUCCCACUGCUUUUCUGUAGAAAACGAGUCCUAAUCAGAACCGCCAACUGUAAUCACACGAGCACACAUGGACAUAAGUAAGCAGAAUCAACCGUAUUAUAUGUCCAAAAGAAGACCAAGAAAUUGAAACAGGAAUAUUGUACAUCGUUUCUAACAUGACCUAUUGAAAAAUCUUGUUCUCCUAAUCUGGAUGAUAAUACCUGUUCCGGUAUUUGGCCACACCUUAAACCUGUAUGACUGUUGUGAAUAAGCAUCUGCUUUGUGUCUCAAAACUGCUCAAAGAGCACCAAAGCACGGCGCAACUGUUAAAGGGAUUUACAGUUACUAGCAGACAAUUAGAUUACUCGAAACAGGCUUAUUUUUGAUUGUCUCUGAUUAAGAUGGACAAACGGAGGCUCUUCUUCAUCCUUCUCGUUUGUAAAAGUGCCGUACUGGGUGUUAUGGGAUAUGGGAAUGGUGCUGUUACAUCUGCUUGCUCCAAUAUGGUUCCUAACCACGGAGGUAGCAAUCAGACAGUGACCUCUCCGUACAGUGUCACAAGAAGUCAAAACAGCUACAAGGAAGGAGACUCGAUCACAGUGACUCUUCAAGCUAAUUCUAAUUCAUUCAAAGGUUUUCUGUUAGAGGCCAGAGAAACUGGAGGAAGCAGUAAUCCUGUGGGAACUUUUACUGUAGCAGGUGCUGAUUCUAAGGGUCUAUCAUGCAAUGGGAUCCAAAAUUCAGCAGUUACUCAGACAACCAGCAGCAGCAAAAGUACCAUCAGUGCCACCUGGAAGGCUCCAACAUCUGGAAAUCUCAAGGAAAUUGAAUUCAGGGCAACAUUUGUUCAAUCAAAGAAUGUAUUCUGGGUUGCAGUCCCAAGUGCCAGUGUUGCUUAUAAUGGAACCACAUCUUCUGGAAGCACUACGCCAUCUGUAAAUGCCCCAGCACCUACUUCAACUACCACAAAAUCACCCAGUUCUUCUUCAAUCUCUGUUUCCAACGAUGGUUGUGGGGUCAGUAAAAGCUGUUUCAGUUACCCUAACAGUUGUAAUCCAGCCACCAACAGUGACUGUUACUUCAUGUCAAGUGCAGUAUUUCCUUCUUCAUCCAAUUCUCCAAUACAAUUCCAAAUGUGUGGUCGCUCUGAUGGCUACGUGUCCUUUGGAUUUUCAGAUGAUGUAGAAAUGGGAAAUGAUGACAUUUAUGCUUGUGUUCUGGAUGGAAAUGGAGUUGUUCAAAUCCAACAUGCGUAUUCUACAGGAACAACAAAGCCAAACACAUUACCUUUGGGAAACGUCACAGAAAUAAAAUCAUCUUACAGCAAUGGUAUCAUCUGCUGCUCAUUCAAUUCAAGUAACACUAUUUCAACACAGAGAAGUGCUGGGAAAAGUCUCCUGUACUACAUUCUGUUUGCUUAUGGACCUGCUUCGCAGGGUGAAAUACAAUAUCACCCAAAGAGACCUUUUGUCAGUACUGGGAAGGUGGAUCUUGCAGCCGCACAAGUGGCAAAUGGGAGUUCUGAGCAACCAAGCAUAAUUAAGGCUCAUGGAGCUCUUAUGCUAAUAGCCUGGAUGACCACAGGAAGUUUGGGCAUGAUAAUGGCCAGAUAUUUUAAGCGAAUUACAACGGGGAAAAAGAUGUGUGGAAAAGAUUUUUGGUUUCUGGUUCAUGUGUUCCUGAUGAUACUCACUGUUGCUGCUACUAUCAUUGCAUUUGUUCUGGCAUUUUCAUCUGCAGGAAAUUGGAGUGGUGGAGCUCACCCAGUAUUGGGGUGUAUAGUGAUGAUUCUUGCCUUUGUCCAGCCAGCAGCUGCGUUCUUUCGAUGUGAUCCUACUCACAAAUUGAGGGUUGUUUUCAACACGUUUCAUGCUCUGAACGCCCUGGUAAUCAAGAUUGUUUCAGUGGCUGCCAUAUUUACUGGCCUGCAGCUUCUUGAUAGCUCACCAAAUCAGUGGCUUGCAAAAGUAAUGGGAGGCUUUGUUGGAUGGGAAUUCCUGUUCUAUUUGCUCCAGGACUUUCAUUUGUUUUACAGAAAAAAAGACAUUUCAGAGACUUUUCUGAACACGAUGAGGUUUGAAGUCAUGUUUCUGGUCCUGUAUCUACUUGGGAAUCUUAUGUUUUUAAUUGCUCUUCUUGUUGGGAUUGGUAUGUCAUGAAGACUCGAGCACAAGGAAUUGUCAAAUACCCAUAUUGAUGGGGUGUUAAAUACAUGUCCCUUACUCUUCCCAAGGCAUAAUAGGAGAAAUCGCUGAAACGGUUGUUUUUGUCAGUAAAAAAAAAAUCAUUUUUCACACCUGAAUGUCUAUAAACGCAGGGUCAUAUUUGUGAAUAUUUUUCAUUCUUUUCACAUCAUGUCAAUUUAAAAGGUCCCCAGUUGUAAAAACAAACCAGUUUUAGUCCCAUUUGUUCUUUUCUGCUUAACUUAAUAUCCAAUCUACUCAUACUUAAGAGAUUGGGAACCAUUUUAAAGAUUUAAGUACACAAUAAUUAUAUGUCAAUCUGACUGCAUGCUAAGAGUAAAUACAGGCCUUGGGCCUGGACUCCAGGCUUACCAGGUUUAGGCAGCACUGUGAUGGACUCUCCAAGGACUCUCCUCAACGUACUGUCACACUUAAAAAAAUUAUUUCACCGUCUUUAAAAAAUUUCACAUAACCAAAACCACUAUAUCAAAAAUCAAACAAGCACUUUUAAAAGCUAAAAGCUAAAACAAACUUGUUAUAUGAAUACUAUUCAUAUCAUUAACUAUUUGCUAAGUAAUUAGUUUUUCUCAUACUGAUUCAAUUUAAAUAUAUCCAUAUUGAGGAAAUAUUUUGUCCUGAAAAUAUUUCUUUGCAAAGAUGUUUUCUAAAAUAAUAGUCAAAUUUACCACAAAGUAGAAAAAUGUUUUCAUUACUGGCAAACAUGUCAAUAUUUAGUAUAUUGAUUUAGGCUAGUAAUUUAAGAAACAGUUCUUCAUCUAGUGAUAACCAUUGAUAACCAACUAUCUCCAAGGUGCUUUAGUUUUAACAGCUACAGAAAAAAAACUGUUUCUCAAAUCACUCUUCUCUGUUUUUUUCCCCAUGUUUAGCACUGGUUAAUGUUUCAUUAAUGUCAUAUUGCCGUAAUAAACAUUGUAUCCAGACAUUAAGAUUUGAUCUAUAUUUGCUGUUGUACAGUAUUUUAAAUCCUAGUAUGUUUAAUAAAAUUUAGUUCAAACAUGUAAAGCCAAAAUGUUUGUUAUUAAAUGUGUAUAGUUUUCUAUAAUCCAAGCAACAUUUUAAUCAAUAAAACUAAAUCAUUAUUAGACUUUAUGUCAAGUAUGUCAAGAAUGGCUUUGGAUAUUUACAAUAACUAAAGAUAGAACUAAUAUAACGAAACCACAUAUAUAAAAUAUAUUUUGUAAUUUAGUAUUUUUACAGUUUAAAAUGUAAUCUAUACAUUUUAUGCUUGUAAAGAUUCGGUGUAAAUAUUAGCAAUUUUAGUACAAGGAUUCUCAUAAAUAAAGACAAUUUACCUCACUUAUAAGAUAAAUAAUGAAAUAAUGCCACAGCCAACUGAAACAACUAUGUAAAGAACAAAAUGUAUUAAAUGUCACUGCUAUUUCUAAAGUAUACAAUAAAAUAAAUCUAGAA